AUGAGUUGGAGAACGAGUGUCAAAAGUUUUGGGGCCGGACAAACUGCGGGUUUUCCGUCCGCUGCCAAAAGAACACUCUUAGUAUUCUUUCACAUCACAAAACGCACAGUAUUCUGCCAUACUGCCCCUGAUAAACACCCCAUAUGUAAAAUGCGCUACGUUUCGGCAUACCUCCUUGCUCUUGCUGGUGGAAAUGAACAUCCCAAGCUUGAAGAUUUGAAAAACAUUCUCGGAGCUGUCGGAGUUGACACCGAUGUUGAAGCAGCUAAGCUUGUCAUUUCACGGCUAGAAGGCAAGUCCAUUGACGAGGUUAUUGCUGAAGGAUCGUCUAGCUUGGUUUCGGUAUCUGGUGGUGGUGCUCCUGCUGCUGCUAGCGCUGCUCCAGCUGGAGGUGAAUCUGCUCCAGCCGCUAAAGAAGAAGCGAAACCAGCCAAGAAGGAAGAGAAAGAAGAGUCUGAUGAUGACAUGGGAUUCGGUCUUUUUGAUUAA